AAAAACAGAUCUUUUAAGUACAACUCACGUUUCGUUACAAGUAAAAGAUUCGAUCGAUAAUGAGAAGGUAUCCUUGAGAAUUUUUCUUCUCUCGUCGAGGAACUUUUUUUUUACAAUUCUUUCUCAAAAUUGAAUCUACAUAAUGGACGGAGGUUCUACAAUAAGAAUUAAUGUUAACAAUACUGCCCAAGAGGUUAAUUUGCCCGAUGUGGUUGACAGUUUACAAAAAUUAGCUGUGGACAUGCCUGAGCAAGAUGUUAUUCCGACUCUUGGACAAAGGCGGUCUUUGAGAAAGCGGAAACCUAGAGAUCUUGACGAUAUAAAUCUCAACAGAAGGUGCAGUUUGCGACCGAGAAAAAGGAGUUAUGAAGAAAUGGAGACGGAAGACCAGAUCAAAGGUUAUUAUCUUGAUAAGACUAUUAAAAAGCACACCAAUUCGUUAGAAACUAUUUUCGAAGAGCAAGAAGACUUGACUCCACCUCCUAAUCAUAUGAGUUCCAAGAGGUUCAAAAGAAUGAUCCAGUUCACAACAGAACCAACGAGAUCAAAGAUAAAAAAGCGGAAAGAAAAGGUUAAAAAAAUCUUUGGUUCCAAACUAAAUUUUAAAAAAAGAAAAUACGUUUCUAUGAACACUUUGCUGAAUAAGCUUAAUGGACUGCAAAAAGAUGUUUCUGUUCAAAACCCACAAGAAGUCUGAUAGUCUUAGUUAUGCACUAUAAAUAAGUAGAAGUCUAUCUGGAUAAGUAAGUCUAUCAGUAAAAAUAAGGAUUUGUAGGGUUUUUAUGAAUCAAUUUUUACAUUGUUAUUUAUCCUUCGUAUAUUUG